GUAGGUGAAUAUCAUGGUGCAUUUAGUCAUUAGUGUAUGAUUUCAUUGAAUUAUUUUGGUGUUGAGGUAAUUAUUUUGAAGGAUUUUUAGCGGUGCCUGUGUAUGGAAUUUUCAAUUGAACGAAUGAUUUUCUGUGUGAUGCAUUCAUUCAUUCACUGACUGAGUUUUGGUGUUAAAUGUAGCAGAGUUAUGCAAGCUCGAACGGAACCGCUCGAACCUGUCACACAUUAGCCAGAGCAGAGCGGGCAUACCGUACAUCGUGGCAGAACAAACGUUAAAUUAAACCUUACUGUAGUGUAAGUUAAAGUGAUACAAAAUUGUUGUACCAAUCAUCCGUCGUGGCAGAUGUUGAGAGGAAAGAUACAUGUUCUGGAAAAAGAUCAAUUCAAUUUGAAAGGAAAGCAGCGCACAUCAUAUUGAACCAUGAGUAAUAAUCAUCCAAUCAGUGACAGCGAAUCAGACUUUGAUGACUUCCUACCACCAGGGCUUCAGAGCGAUGCUUCGUCAGACUCGAACAACUCAGACACGGCCCCAAAAUCAAACAGAACUUCAUCUAUUGAUGACAAUGAAGAAAGUCGCAGCAGGCACAGUUCAAAGACACCUUCAUUGCAAGAAGAUGAGUAUGUUUUUGAAGAUAACAUAGCUGAAUCUACAGAGGACCCUAGCCUGACCCACUCCUUUCUUAGUGUACCAGAAGGUUUAGUACCUGGGAUGAGUGGAGGAGAUGGAUCGAGUAGCAAAGCAACCACCAAAAGGAAGAGGAAGAAGAGUGGAGCUGGAGGGAGUCCAAGGAGGAGGAGGAAAAAGAAAGUGAAAGCUGCUAAUAAAGGAGGAGAUGAUGAGGAAGAAGAAGAGGAAGGGGAGGAUGGUGAUAGGUCAGGGAAGAAGAAAAGCAGAGGCAAAUCCAAGAGCAAAAAUAAACCAUCAAACAGGAGGAGAAAUAUCAAAACAUUCUUGAGAGAGGAUCAAUUAGAUGCUGAAACCUUAGAUGCACAAAGAGAAGAAGAGAAGAGAAAACAAAGAUUAGAAGAAGAAAGGAAAAGGCGUUUAGAUGAACAGAAGAUACAGAAAUUAGAAUCGUCUAAUGCAAUUGUAGAGAAACUACAAGAAGCUGUAGCAACAAUAUCAGCAGCCAUCCCUGCUCUGACUUCAUCAGUAAGUCCAGCUCCUGAGCCUGACAUCCCAACUUCUGUAACAAUCCCCGUUCCUGUUCCGGCCCCUGCAGAGUUUAUUGUUGUGGAUAGCGGCAGUGAUAGCGACAAGGACGCCCAUAAAGCCAACAAACAGGAGAGAGAGGUAAUUACGAUCAGUUCCGAUGAGGAGGUCACACUUGUCAGCGAUGGUAGCGAUGAUGAAGAGGAGAUGGACAUGGUCAGCAUCGGGAUGCAUACCAAUGAUGAAACCAAUGUACCUGAUGUCCAUGGCCGUGUACUGGUCAAUGUCAACCAUCCUCCAGAUGACCCUGACAUAUACCUCCCUAACCACAUUGCUCAAGCAGUCAAGCCUCAUCAGGUUGGAGGUAUUCGUUUCUUAUAUGACAAUCUUGUGGAGUCUCUCCAGAGAUUCAAAGCUAGUAGUGGUUUUGGAUGCAUUCUUGCACACAGUAUGGGACUGGGCAAGACACUCCAGUGCAUUGCAUUCAUCAGUAUCUUCAUGAAGUACACCAAAGCACACACAGUCCUGUGCAUUGUACCAAUCAAUACAUUACAGAACUGGCUUGCAGAGUUUGAUAUGUGGUGUCCAGAGAGACCUAGACAUUUUAACAUCUAUGUCCUCAAUGACAUGCACAAGACAACAGCAUCAAGGGCAAAGGUCAUUGCUGAAUGGAGGCAGAAAGGAGGUAUUCUCCUUAUGGGUUAUGAGAUGUACCGUCUGCUGGCGAGAUCCAAGCAAGCCAGCCUUGGACGACCUAAGAAGAAGACCAGCAAAUCGGGGAAGUCAUCACCUCAGGUCAUUGACAUUGAUGAAAUGGAGGCAGCACAAGAAAUGGCAAUAGAUAUGAAGGCAGCAUUGUGUAAUCCAGGACCUGACAUGGUUGUUUGUGAUGAAGGUCACCGGAUCAAGAACAGUCAUGCUGGUAUCUCACAGGCUCUAAAGAACAUCAGAACAAGACGGAGAGUGGUUUUGACUGGCUACCCAUUGCAGAACAACCUCCUGGAGUACUGGUGUAUGGUGGACUUCGUCAGGCCUAACUUUCUUGGUACUCGCCAUGAGUUUGCUAAUCUCUUUGAGAGGCCUAUUGCUAAUGGACAGUGUAUAGACAGUACACCUUAUGAUGUGCGAUUGAUGCGGUAUCGAGCCCAUGUCCUUCACAGUCUCUUAGGUGGUUUCGUCCAACGUCGAGGCUUCAACGUUCUUCUUUCUACACUACCACCGAAGGAAGAACAUGUGAUCAUGGUUCGUCUAACAUCAUUCCAACGAGGCCUUUAUAUCCGUUUCAUGCAGUGCUUCACAGAGGCCGGUGCAGGGGGCUGGUGUUCAUCGAAUCCUCUAAAAGCAUUCUCUGUAGGCUGCAAGAUCUGGAACCAUCCAGACAUUCUUGGUGAUCUGUUGAGUGAAAGAGAUAGUUUAGCAGAAGACCUGGAUGCUGAUCUAGAUUUACCUGAAGUUCAGGCAAAGUGUACAGGUAAGCAGAAAGGAGUCAAGAAACCAGCUGAUGACCGGAGUCCUAGAAGGGGUGAAGGAUCAUCGUCCGGGGGCUAUGUUGACAAGGUCCAACAAAUCAUCUCAUUUGAAUGGGCAAGAGACAUCAUGAAGAACUACACCAAAGAUAAACUUUGCAGCGGAGGAAAGAUCAUCCUUCUCUUCCACAUUCUUGAAGAGUCAAUCCGUCUCGGAGACAAGAUCCUUGUAUUCAGUCAGAGUCUUAGCUGCCUAUCAAUCAUUGAGAAGUUCCUUGCCAAGUCCACCAUCCCUCAACCACCUAACCCACCUCCACUCAUGCCAAGGGAAUGGGUCCGUAACAAGACGUACUUCAGACUUGACGGAAGCACAGCUGUAUCUGAGAGAGAGAAGAUGAUUAAUCGAUUCAACUCACCUGAUAAUAAAACAAUCAUGCUAUUUCUUCUCUCAACAAAAGCUGGAUGUUUAGGAAUCAAUUUGAUUGGUGCUAAUCGAGUGGUUGUCAUGGAUGCAUCAUGGAACCCAUGUCACGAUGCUCAGGCAGUAUGCAGAGUCUAUCGGUAUGGACAGUCUAAGAAAUGCCACGUCUACAGGCUGGUAUCAGACCAAACGCUGGAAAAGAAGAUCUAUGAUAGACAGAUCUCUAAGAAAGGAAUGUCUGAUCGAGUGGUUGAUGAGAUGAAUCCAGAGAUGAACCUCACCAAGAAAGAAGUAGAAUCCCUCCUGGAGUUUGAUGAGACAGACAUGCCUUUUGAAGACUUCAGCCACCUAGCUACAGAUAUGGAAGACCUAGUCUUGCAAAGUCUUGUACAGAAACACAGUAAUUGCAUGACAAAGGCACCAUUUACUACCGAGUCUCUGUUGUGGGAUCGAAAGGACAUGAAGCUAACCAGAGCAGAGAAGAUGCAGGCCAAGAAGAGUUAUGAAGAAGAGAAGAAAUUGAAUCUCGCCUACUCCAGACCGUCAUAUGCAGCCUUCUAUCCUAAGGGAUCUGGACCUGGGGGCUUGUCAAUGCCUCCUUCAGCCAAAGGAAUUCCCAAUAUGAAUUUUAACACUGGACCUGCCUACCCAUUCUUGCCAUCACUGAAUAAGCCAUUGCAGCGACCUGUUGCCAAUGUGAGACCAAUCCAAUCCACUCCUGUACCGAGACAGCCACCAACACCUCUAGAGGUCACCCAGAAGAGAAUCAGAGAUCUUAAGAAUGCGGGUGUUACCCUGCAACGCAUUGUGGCAACAACAAAUAUCAUGUUACCAGGUGCAAAUACAUCUACAGAUUCUGGUUCCAUGAUCAGAGCAGGUGAUGCAGUUACAUUCAUCAAGACCAAAAAAGGCAUCUACCUAAGAACACAUGAAGGUAAGAUCCUGGCUGUUAGAGGUCCCAAUGCAGGACCAGGGUCCCUAGGAGCGGUGGCACAGGGAGCCUUCCCUGAUGCUACACCAGCAGACAUGGGUAUGGGUUCAGGGGGAGAUGCAGGAACAGGACUUGGUGUUGAUGGAGAAGGAACCAGUACUCAAGGUAUGCCAUCAAACCUUGCCAAUACUCAGCUGGGACAGCUGUUAUCGCAGAAUGACCCACCUAGACAGCAGAGCAACAGUCUAAGCAAUCCGCCUCUCUCUAUUCCUACUGAAAUCAAACCUAACAUGUCGAUGGCAGGUAUGUCUGCUACCUCUGGUCUGUUCCCUUUUGCAAUGUCACAGUCAAGUAAUCAGUCCCCUUCAAACUUUGGUCAAACAUCGUCAUUAUCAUCCAUGGCUAACAUGGCUAACAUGGGUUAUAGGACCUCUAUGGGUUCAUUCCCUCCAUACAGCUCUCCUUAUACAUCUUCCUACACCCUUGGGAACACAUCUACUCUCACCAUGGCUACAGAUACUGUCAUGCAUCCAUCAUCCACAGAGACAUCAUCUGCAAACUCAUCAGCCGGGAUGUCCACUACAGUGCCCCAGUCUUUAGCAAUCUCUCAGCCCUUAUCUUCUCAUGGUAUGCAUUCUACAAGCCUCCCUGAUACACCAUCCUCCUUCCCCGACCUCUACCAGGAUUCUUCUCCAAGCCCUAGCCUCAGCUAUCCAUCAUUUGGCGAUGAAUUUUCCAAUACCAGUCAAGGCCCUAUGGACUCCAACCAGGCGUCAAUGUCUUCAAACAUGGAGACGUCCAUGCCUGGGAACCAAAGUUCACAAGGUUUUGGAUCAAGAAUAAAUGAACCAAUCUCCACACCUUCCCCUGUUGACAAAGGCAGCCUGUUGCCCAUUGCACCUAGUGUAUCAAAUGCAGGUUCAUUCCAAACCACUGGGAAUUCACUAUCCGAAGGCGACCAGGUGGACCAUUUAUCUGACCUGGUAUCCCCAUCUCCUGCAAUGAGAGGUACCCAGAGUGUGAACCUCCCCUCAUCUCUGCCGUAUCCUCAGAUGGACAUGAAUUACUCAUACCCACCCUUGAGUAGGACCAGCAGUGGACCGUCUAAUGGUUCUUUGGAUUCUAGUCCUUCCUUGAUGGACGACGGCUCAGACAUUUCUAAUCUUUCUAAAUUUGUGGAUUCCACCUUCCCCAAUCUCAUGCCCUUUUCAGGAUCUCUCAAUCCUGAUGGGGAUUCUAGCAGCAGAUCAGCUAUGUCCUAAAGAAAGUGGACAUGAUAAUGAGAAUUUCUUAUAGAGAGAUGUGUGCAAUUUGUUAAAGAGCUAUAAUUCUGUUGUGAUCAGCCAUCAUAAAAAGUGAGAAACAUUAGUUGAUCAAUGUGCAAAUAUUUGUAAUUAGUGUACAGAAAUAAAUGAGAUGUUAGUAGAUGAGCCAGAAUGUACAAAAUACAAUAUCUGUUCUUGUUUUCUGUAUAUUAUAAGAUUAACACUGUGUACUUUUGCUUUUGUAAAGCAAGCCAGUGAAUCAUACAAGAUAGUCGGGUCAAGAUAAUCUUUAUUCUGUUUCAUUUCUACCAAAUGACAACCUCUGUUUUUUUUAGAUGUACGUAUGACAGGUAGCUAAAAAAGAAGUGUCUCUAGUAUAAUCUACAUUUAUUACAACAAAAAAUCACAGCUCUUACGAUUUUCAAGUUUUAUUAAGACCUCUUAUUUAUGCUCAUUAAGCAAUUUUGAACCAAACUCAGAAAUAUGUACUAGAUAGUAAAAUUGGUUAAGCUUUUAAACUUAAUAUCUUCUCCUCAUUUGUACAGUACUUAUGUGAGUGAAAGAUUUUUUUAUUCAAUCUUGAAGUAUUAUCUAAAUUGAUAUUUCUAUUCUCCAUUGCAAAAUUUUAUAUUUUCCAUAGUUUUAUGUGUACCAAGGUGGAUAUGUAUAUAUGUUGAGCCAAGCAGUUAUUCAAUACAGAAAAAACUUACAUAAUUCGUAAGAAAAUUACAUUGAUAUAUAAUCUGUAUUUCAGAUGUGAAGUUGUAAUCAAAAGGAAAUGCAACCAUUCAAGCAAACUCUACAUAAUCUGGAGUAGACAAGUGAGAGUUUAAAUGAGUUUCUUAAAUGAAGAUAUCACAAUGGUUGGAUUAAACCUUUGGUUUAUUAUCAAAUUGUUUGAAUCUUUAAUAUUAUCCAGAGUAUUCAUAUAUGGUUGUUACACAGAUCUAUCACAACAUAAUAUACUGCUAUUGCCUUUGCUGGCCUGAAUUAUAAAAGAGCAAUUUCUGUACAAGUGUUUCAUUAGAUGAAUGAGCUUUUUUUCAUUCAUUUUUUCUAGGUUGUGUAUAUUUCAAUCAUAUUGAUGAUUGUCUAAAAAAACAGUAUUGGAAUCAUAUUUACAUGUUUGAUGGAAGCAUAGAUGCACUUAUAGUGCUUUAUAAAUUUCUCACGAUGUGUGCAGAUUGCAAGCUUUUUGUGCAAGAAUAUUUCUUUCCAUGAAAGGUUUUAUACACUGUAUGCCUCCGCCCACAGUACAGACAGUGUAGGCAGUUGCAGGACAACGAGGUCCAAGGCUGCAAUAUUCAUUGUAUACUUAAAAUAUAUCUUAUUUGAAGAACCCUUUGAGAGACGAUUUCAAAUUUUGCUCAUGUUUGCAUAUGUGAGGAUUAGAUAAGAUUUUGUUUGACACGAGGUCAACCGUCAAAUGGUGAAGGUCACAGAGGUCAUUGUUUAAAACUUCAGAAGUUAUAGAGGUGUGGAAUAUAUUCUCGGUUUGGCAAUGGCAGAGGCAUAAUUUUGACUGUUCAGUCUAGAAUCCAUCUAGUUUUAGCCUCAAUUGCGUCUCGCCUAAUUUUCUAUUUGUCUUUUUUCUUAUUUAGUUGUGUGUUUGAUCAUCCACUUGUCUUUAUGAAUUCACAUUAAGAUCUAGUUUUUAAAACAUUGAUGAGACAGUCCUUCUUUUCUGUUUUUCUUAAUAUAUCUUGUUUUUGCCGAAAGCCUGACUGAAGUUAACUCUGAAAUAUAUUUCUAUUUGUUUUCUUAUUUCUUAAACUAUGUUUCAUUUUUAAUUAAUUUACCAAAUAUGACUGUAUUCUUGUUUUCCUAAGAACAUUUAAAUGUCCAGAUGGUAGUCAAGUUUGAAGGGUAUUGAGGUCUUCAUCAUGAGAUUUGGUUUGCCUUAAUGCUUCUUGAUUUGGAAAUAUUUCUGCUUUCCAUUACUGUUUUACAUUAUUUUCUGUAGUUAAAUUGAACUUUGAAUUUUAAAAUGAGUUACUUUUUUCCCUCAUUGUGUUUUAGACCAGAUAGACAAUGAACACAGGUAAUUGUUUGUCAUGAAUGCCCCAUCCCCCUCUGUAGAAAACCCUCAGUCCCUUUGAGUUUUGGAUUAGUAGCAUUUUUUUGUUCAUUUUAAAAAAAAAGUAAGACAGUAAAACUGAAUGACAAGAUAAAGGACCAAAGUAGAGUUGUUGUCAUGCAUGUAAAUUGAAACACAGUACCUCCAUGAAAAGAGUAUGGGGGUUCUAAGUGCUUACCUUGCCAUAUUGAAUCUGACAACAGCGUUCAAUAACCUACCAUUUAAAGCUUAUACAUGUACAGUUUCUACCCUCAAUAGAUUUUUUUAUACGGGUUUUGAGAUGAAAAUAUUCCUUGAAUUUAUCAAAAGCAUUCUCAGAAUUUGGAGGUACAUGUAGCCAGUUGAUCGAUAAACUUUUGGAAUAAAAUGACUUAAUCAUUUUCUUUUCCUGUAGAUGUUGCAAAUAUUUUAGUGAAUGCUCAUCAACUUUAUUAUGUUGUUAACGAACCAAAUCUACUUUUUUUGCACAACGCCCUUAUCCUUCCCAGUCCAGAUGCCUUGCAUGUAGCAGUUAGAGUGCUUAAGAAUCUCCCUUGUUAAUUGGUUUGAAAUUAUGAACUUGAAAAACGUUAAAGAAUAGUUUGGUAUGGAACUGUCAGUUCACUAUUGUUAGUCAAUUGAAAACAGCAUGAGCAGUUCUAUUCCGCACAAAAAACAAAUCAAAUACAGGUGACUUUGCCCAAAUUGAAUCUCUUGGUGAAGUUCAGCUGAGAAGUAAAUAAGACCUGGUUUGCAUAUUCUGGGGGUGUUUUACAAGGAUUUAAGUAUGACUUAGACUCCCACUUAAAUGCCCAGUUGCAUGCAGUAUAUAAGGCAUGACUACAUUGGUCAGAUCAUGCCAAGAGGACAUGCUGCAUGUCCUCUUGGCAUGAUGCACUACUGCGUAUUGACCAAUGAGAUCAUGUCGACAUGUAAAUGCGACUCUUAAGUCAUAAUUAAAUCUUUGUGAAACUCUCCCCCCCCCCCAAGAGCCUUACGAAUGAACUCAGACUCACAAAAGAAUACCUAUUCAUAGGUCUAGUUCAUUGCUUCAAAUAUACUAGUUUCUGGUCCCAAAAAAAAUCACACAACUCAAAAACAAAUUUCUGAUUUAGAUAGAUUUUGGUAAAAAUCAAAAUCUUUUAAUUUCGUAUUUUGUUUCCAACUAUUUCUGUUAUUUUUAUUUUUUACGAUUACAAACCAAUGACUUCAGAUGUAAAUAAUCAUAUACAUGUAAAAUUAUGCAUUCAUAUGUAUAACUCUCUUUUUUUUGGCUAAAUUAUUGAUAAGGUGAGUAUUGUUAUUGUGAAAGAAUGUUUGUUUUCUGUAAUGCUUUUUGAUUCAAAGGAGGAAAACUUUUAUGAAUAAAUUAUUCCUUUUUCACAAGA